UUGGGUCAUGCCAGGAAGCAAGUGGGUUUUGGAAACAAUGCCGUGUGGCGCGAGCGGCAGCGGCGGCGCCUGAGGUUGCAGCCCGGGGACUUUCCGGCUCCCGCGCUUUUUUCCCCCUCCCGCAGCAAAGCAGGACAUUUCGGAGGGGAUUUCGCGGCGUUGGCGUUGAUACCGGGGCAGCAGUAAAAUGGAUCCUCCCAGCUACUUGGAUGAUGACUUCUCCACUUUGGAUGGGCUGGAGGAUGAUGUGUUCCAUGCGGAAGACUGUGGACUCGCCAGUCAACCCAGUGAGAUGACCUUUCCUGGCAUUUUCACUCAGAGCAAAUCCUACAACUGCCUUCUGGGGAGGUUCCAGCUCUUCCCACUUACACACUGUUGUGGCCCUGGCAGUAGGCAGGCUAAGCAGCAAGACAAAGCAACACAAACACUCAACCCAUCCUCUUCCAGCCAGGAUUUGAUGUUACCUUGUGGUGUCACAGAAGAACCCCAGAGACUCUUCUAUGGGAAUGCUGGGUACCGUUUACACGUCAGCCCAAUUGGUUUCUCAUUGAAUCCACACUUCCAGGAGGAACCUCAGGAGAGUCCACAGGAACUGCGUACUGAAGUUCAGAUUGCACGGAAGUUGCAGUGCAUUGCAGACCAGUUUCACAGGCUUCACCUACAGAGGCACCAGCAGAACAGAAACCAGGUCUGGUGGCAGAUCUUCUUCUUCCUCCAUAACGUGGCCUUGAACAUGGAGGCAAACAGACAUCGCGCUGGCCGUAGGUGAGACCUGUCCCACCUCUUCCUGGUUCCAUCCAGCCUACUGGGAACACUGAAUCAAUCCAGGGCAGAGAUGUGCAUGCCGCUGGAUGAAACAGGGGGUUCCCAUUAUACAGAGGACUCUUCUUGUUGUACAAAAGGCUUGUUUUAAAAGGACUUGCUCUGUCUCUCCUCGUGGCUUGCCAUCUUCUGAGGUAGGGAGCUUGGGUCCAACACCGUGGAAGCAAAAUUCUCCUCCAAAGACAAUCAAGAUUCAUCUGCACAAGAGGAGAGCUCAUAUUGGUUUUCUUUGGUAAUGGCCUUGUGCAUUUUGUAAAGUUGGCUGCUGGUGAUAUCCUAGGACUGAUAAGUUGAAAUGCAUUUUGGCUGACUUCCAAAUGAGACACACUGGCUUCCUGAUGGGAAAAUUUAGAAGAGAAUCUGUUCAGAAGCUAUUAUGAAAUAUAGCAUGUAUAUACAACUGGGCAGCCAGUAAUUGGAUAUUUGCCUUUUAAUUAUUGCAGGCACUGGUGUAAAAAGGGAGCAAGACUUGAGUAGUUAGGUAAAAUCUCUGGAAUUUAUGAAGCCAUGAGGUCCCAUUCAUGUAUACCCUGGGUCCCAUUCAUUCCCAAUCCCAAUCUUCAAAAAUUAAAAAUGCAUGGGGGAAUUGAAAUUAAUAUAUUGCUUCGUGCUCAUAUAUAAACCAUAUCAUACAACACAUGAUUUUUCAUCUCCCUUUUACAUGUAGAUGCAACGUCACGAGUCUUCUGAUGUGGUUGUAUAAAGAUCCACCACUGACUUUCUCUGAUGAGAGCUUUAAUAUUGGAAGUGACAAAAAGAGGUGUUCUAAAUGCAUUAGAUGGAUUUUCCUUAGAGCCCUUCCAUUUAUCCCAUGUGGCCUUGGAACAACAUCCAAACGAUACCAACCCUGGAGUUUCUCUCCCAUUGGGGUCAAUAGGGUUGGGAAAUAAAAUAGCAGUAGAAAAGAAAAGAAGGGGGUUUCUAUUACAAUACACAAUUAUAAUGUUAUAUUCUACUUUAAUUACAAUAGCAGUAUCCUAUGGAAUCGUGGGAUUUUCAGUUUAGGAAGAGAUUUGGAUUUCCCAACCAUAUACCUCAAGUGCCUCAUCAAACUACAAAUCCUAGAAUUCCACAGGAUGAUACUAUGGCAAUUAAAGUAAAAGACAUUGCUAUACUUGUCUAGCGUGAAGGGUUUCAGAGAGACAGAAUUUCCAAAUAGAAAGAAAAAUAGCUGUGGACAAACAUACUUUCAGAACCAAGAAGGCAUUGGAAAAAGCCAUUUCCCCCCUUUUCUCCUUUCCUUCCCUCAUAAAACUGCUCUGCUAAACAUGAACUGUAUUGUGUGUAACCUGACAGAUACAAUUGAAUUUUGUGAUAUAAUGAGAAAAUACAAAUGCCUUUAUUUUAAUCAAGGCCUCAUUUUACAGCUAUAUUCAGUGUAAGAAAUGAAGCUGCAAACUUUUGCCCCUAAAGUUACCUAUCUUUGUUUUUGCCAUGAGGAAAAUAGGGAUCAGACUGAAAUGUUGUGGUGGUGAAGAAUGGCAACAAUUGUGUAAAAGAAAAAAGAAUUAUUAUCUAGAGUUAGAUAGAAUGGCCUCAAUCCAAAGAACAAUGAAACUCGCUCUGCGCCCUUGAGGGGACUUUAGGUUUAUUGAGCCCCAACCUUGACACAAGCAAGGAGAGGCAGAGGCUCUGUGUUGAGACAUGGUGCUACAGGACCAACACUUUUGGUAGAUUACACUCCUUGAACCCCUGAGUACUUUUCCUAUUCUUCAACAUUUAGCAAAAUUUCCCCAACACGUAGGAGUGACCUUUGUUUGAUAAUCCAGCCGAAAGUAAUAACAAUGAUAUCAGCACUAAAUUAUUAUCUUUUAUAUCUUGAAUCUAAGAAAAUAAAUAAAAACACAAUCAAGUGAC